AUGACGACGCCACAGCAGCAGCUGCUGCCGCACAUCCACCAUGAGCGUCAGGAGUCGGGCAGCAUGCUCUGCGCGCAGCAUGCACUCAACGCCCUCCUCCAGGGACACUACUACGACGCCACACAGCUAGCUGACAUUGCACGCGACCUCGACCGCCUCGAGUCUGACCAGCUCGGCCUAUCCUCGGCCGACGUCGCCGCGCGCGACCGCAGCAGCCUCAACAUGGACGACACCGGCUUCUUUUCCGUCUCGGUCCUCGAGCGCGCCCUCCAGGUAUGGGGCCUCUCCCUCGCCAGCUGGCGCUCCGAGGCCAUGCGCUCCAGCCAGUCCCACCCAGAGCGCCAGCGCGCCUUUGUCCUCAACCUCGACACCCACUGGUUCACCAUCCGCUCGUUUGGUCGCUCCGGCUUCUUCUGGUACAACCUCAACUCGUUCCUCGAUCAGCCCUCGUGGAUCGGCACAAACUACCUCGCCACCCUCCUCAACACCGCAGAGGCCGAGGGUUACUCGGUCUUUGUCAUCUUUGCCAGCGAGGGCACCCUCAACGACUCGCUCAGCCAGUCCGACGCCGACCAAAUCGCCGACCUCCUCCCCGCCUCGUCCGCCCAGCAGCAGCAGCAGCAGCAGCAGCAGCAGCCAGGCUCGGCGGGCGGUGCUGCCUCGAGCGCCACCGAGCUCGGCCUCAAGCCGCAGCCACAGCCAGCCGCAUCGACUUCCACACAAGCGCCACCCCUGUUCGCGGGUGCUCUGGGGGCAGGCGCAAGUUCUGGUGCAGGUGCGGCCGACGAGGACGCCGAUCUGCAGGCGGCCCUGCGCGCCAGCCUGGCCGACACGGCAGCGGCGAGUGGCGCCGUGUCUCCGGCGACUGCCGCGCGCCUACGCCGGGGUCGCAGCGGCAGCGGCUCCAACUCGGUCGACGGCAUCGAGGGGCCCGAGACGGAUGCCGACAUUGACGCCAUUGCGCCCAACCGACAGCGGCUGCGCUCCGGCCUCGCCGCCACCACCACCACCACGGGUGCGCAGGACGAAGACGAGGACCUGCGCCGGGCCUUGGAAGCCAGCCGGGUCUUGGAAGCCGGCCUGGCCUCGUCGCGGUCCUCCUCGACCUCGACGCCCGUGGCAGCGGCCAGCUCGUCGGCCAUGGCGCUCGACACGCCGCCUCCACGCCAGCCGAACCGACGCCGACGACGGAUCCAGCAGCGCAACCCGCUCGGGGGCAACUCGGCCGACAACGCCAUCGACCUCGAUGCGUCCAUCUCGGACCGCGACAAUGACGACGACGACGACAACGACGGCCAAGCUGCAGGCGACACGGCGUCGGCGGCGAUGCUGCGUCGCUCUCCCUUUCUCUCUCCCGCCAUGGCGGCGGCCAACCGCGACGACGACGACGUCGAGGACCUGCCCUCGGACGACGACGACAUCGACCCGUUCAGCGUGCCGGGCGCGCCCGAGGCGUCGGCGUUGCUUGGCAGGGGCGAGAGGUACUAUGACGACGAGGACCAGCAGCUUCAAGCCGCGCUGGCCGCCAGCCUGGGAGACGAAGAGGCGGCAGCAAGGUACGCCGCUACCGGAUCCGUGCCCAGCAUUGCCACGUCGGGUGGCGGCGGCGGCGGCGGUGGGAUGGGAGAGGCGAUGGCGGGGACGGUCGAAAAGACGCCCGAGGACGUGGAUCGUAUUUGGAGGAUGAGGGAGGAGAGCCGUCGGAAGGAACAGGAGAAGAGGGAGAGGGAGGAGCGUCGGGCCCGCGGUGUGCUUUCGCCCUCGCCUCCGCCGCCAUCCACCGGCCCGGCGGGGGCGUCGGGCAAGGACAAGGAGGAUGGCGACGAUGACGAUGAUGAUGACGAGGAUGAUGAGGAGGAGGCGGAAGAGGUCAGUCCGGAAGAGAUGAGGAGGAGGAGGCUGGCGAGGUUUGGCUGA